ACUCUUGGUACACUGCAGUAGGUAAACACAGACUACUUACUCCUGCGUGUGUGCAUUAUGCUUUUAUUUUGAAGGUUAGGUACGUGAACCGGAACUCCCAUCAUAAUAUUACAGUCAUUAUUGUGAGUGGUUACGUCUGACAGUUUUACCUGAGUCCUGUUCCCAGAGAGUGUUGUGUAGCGCAAUUUUAACUUAGCACAACAAACAGCUGUCCAAAUGGAGACAGUGAAAAGUGUCCUCGGGUUUGAGUGGAUGGAUGGAAGAAGUUUUCUGAUAUUUUUGUGUGUUUUUGUGCUUUUUUCCGACUUUUGGAAGAACAGAGUCCCAACAAACUUUCCCCCCGGACCGUGGCCUCUUCCGUUGAUCGGGGACCUUCAUCGCAUCCGACUUGCCAGGCUUCAUCUGCAGUUCACAGAGUUUGCAGACAAAUAUGGAAAGAUUUUCAGCCUGAGGCUCUUUGGUGGAAGAGUUGUGGUCAUCAAUGGCUACAAGCUUGUGAGGGAGGCCCUGGUCCAUAGAGGGGAGGACUAUGUUGAUCGCCCCGUCGUACCUCUUUUUGAUGAAAUGUUUGGAAACAGAGGUAGUGUGUUUUCUGUUGUGUCACUGUUAGUUAUACUGAUCUCCAUGUACUCUCAGCCUAAUCCUCUGGUGUCUCUUAAAGGUCUGGUGAUGUCAAACGGCAAUCUAUGGAAGCAACAGAGGAGAUUCGCUCUUCAUACUCUCAGGAACUUUGGAGUGGGCAAGAAGACCCUGGAGCCAUCCAUCCAGCAGGAGGGCCAAUAUCUCACCGAGGCUUUUGCCAAUCACAAAGGACAGCCUUUUAAUGCCCAGCAGCUGAUAUCCAAUACUGUGUCCAACAUCAUCUGCUGCCUGGUGUUUGGGGAUCGCUACGAGUACACUGACAAGCGGUUCCAGAGUAUUCUUCAGGACUUCAAUGAGAUUGUGUUCUUACAGGGAAGUCCAAGUGUACAGAUGUACAACACUUUGCCCUGGCUGAUGAAGUGGCUUCCCGGAUCUCACCAGAAGUUUUUUACUCUGGUACAAAGGAUCGUUGACUUCAUAGAAAUGAAGAUCAAAGAACACAGAGAGAGUCUUGACCCGUCCUCACCAAGAGACUACAUCGACUGCUUCCUCACAGAGAUGGGAGAGGUAAAAACUUUCAUCUGUAUGUCUCAUGUUUGGUCUCUUUAUAGAGAACUGAUUAACUAUGUUAACUGAUGCAUCUGUAAUUUGUUUCAUUGAUAG